CAAGACAAUAAUUAUCGAAUUAUCUCUAAGAGUUUUUCCAAAAGAUCGUUAUUACAAUCGCGAUCAGUAAUUAUUCGACAGCCGAGAACCAGAAGACAAUUUCCAACUGAAGCAACUGCUCGUUGUUUAGAAUACAAUAAGAGAUAAGCUUUGGGAUCGUUAACGUGAAAAGUUCGACUUGCAUAUGUCGAUCGCCGAUCUACCGUCCCCUGACUCUUUCUUCCUGCUUCUUUUUUAUCUUUAUCCGCGACGACAGUGACGUACGCGGCAUAAACCGUACCCCGAGUUCGCCGUUUCGCGAUGGAGGAAGAUGAGAGUCUGGUGCAGGCGAACGACAGUGUCUCGAUCCCAUCGAAAAAGGAAAGCGGUUAUUUCGAGGAAAAUUGCGGUGACCUGAGCGACGUCAUCUUCAGUAAUUACAAUCACUAUGGGGCGCUCCUAAGCGUCGAUACCGCCGGUAUUUUGAUCAUUAACGAGACCAGACGAUCGGAUCACUGGGAGGAGAGCAGGCAAGGAUCUUCCUUUUCUUCUGGUCUUGUUGAGGACAUAAACGACCUUGACGUUAACGACUCUGACGAGGCUAAAGACGACAUCAUCAUCAAACAUCCUGAAGAAACUAAACGUAAUGAAACGGAAAUACCCGAGGUAGUUUAUAGUCCUGAAGGCUCCAAGGAAUUUGUUUAUAUCCACGAUAACGUGGACUCCUCGGCAGUUCUUUGUAUUCCCGAAAAUUACGAGAAAAACAUAGACUCCGAGGUACCGGUCUGCAUUCACAAAAACUCAAAAGCAGUCGUUUACAUUCACAAGAGCCCUGAAGUAAUCGAUUGUACCAAGGAGGAGGAUCCGACAAAUGUUGAGUGUGCUACCAGUCCCUCCACCAUCGUUGAAGAUUGGAAUGAUGCUGAAAUAUCUGUUUGUAACACAGUAAACCUAGCGGACAACGGCAGCCAGAAAGUGGACAUGACACACUUUGACUUGCUGAAAGUCCUUGGCACCGGAGCUUACGGUAAAGUUUUCCUGGUGCGAAAGAGAACGGGUGCUGACUCCGGACGGCUUUAUGCCAUGAAGGUGCUGAAGAAGGCCUCCAUCGUACAGAAGAAGAAAACGACGGAGCACACCAAGUCCGAGCGGCAAAUCUUGGAGGCUAUCAGGGAUAGCCCGUUCCUGAUAACUCUCUAUUACGCGUUUCAAACUGACGACAAACUCUGUUUGAUCUUAGAAUAUGUUGCCGGCGGUGAAAUGUUUACGCACCUAUAUCAACAUGACUGCUUCACGGAGGAUGCAGUACGAUUUUACAUUGGCGAAAUUAUCCUGGCGCUAGAGCGCCUUCAUGACCUUGGCGUAAUAUAUCGAGAUAUCAAACUUGAAAAUAUACUUUUGGAUAAGGAGGGACAUCUCGUGUUGACGGAUUUUGGUCUCAGCAAAGAAUUCCUACCGCACGAAAGGAAUGGCAAUGCGCGUACUUACUCGUUUUGCGGAACUAUCGAGUAUAUGGCACCGGAAGUGGUGAAGGCAGGCCCGAACGGCCACGAUAUCGCCGUUGAUUGGUGGAGCGUGGGCGUAUUAACGUUUGAAUUACUGACCGGUGCGUCGCCUUUUACGGUGGAGGGCGAGAAAAAUAAUCAACAAGAAAUUUCGAGGAGGAUAUUGAAGAAUGAUCCGCCACCAAUGCCGAGCCACCUGAGUGCCAACGUGAGCGAUUUCAUCACCCGCUUGCUAAUCAAAGAUCCACGACAAAGAUUGGGCGGUGGACCGCGCGACGCUAAAGAGCUCAAAGAGCAUCCCUUCUUCAUGGAUGCGGCACCGGCCUUUACUUGGGAAGGUCUGGAGAAGAAACAGAUCAAGCCACCUUUGAUUCCCAAAAUUUCGCACGAAUUGGACACCAGCAAUUUUUCAGACGAAUUCACGAAGAUGAAUGUCGUCGUUGACAGUCCAGCGGUCAUUGAUGGUGACUAUCCUGACAAACAUUUUAGGGGUUAUUCCUAUGUAGCGCCUUCGAUACUAUUCACCGACAACGUGGUGAGCAGGGAUAUCUUCGGUGGCGAGGCCAGUUCGCAACGACCUUUGUUGUCCGAUCUGUUGAACACGUGUUUCGAAGAGUCCACAUUCUUCCAGACGUACGAGUUAGACCAAGCGGGACCAGCUCUAGGCGACGGCAGUUUUUCGAUUUGUCGGCGGUGUCGUAAUCGUAAGACCCAGCAGGAAUACGCCGUGAAGAUCGUCAGCAGGCGAGUGGAUUGCAGUCGGGAGGAGAAUUUGUUGCGUGCGUGCCAGCGUCACGCGAACGUAGUGAAAUUGAUAGAAGUCCACCACGAUCGACUUCACACAUACAUCGUGAUGGAAUUGCUCUCGGGCGGGGAAUUGUUACAACGACCGCGCCCAUUCUCGGAGCGGCAGGCCAAGCGAGUGAUGCGGCAAUUGGCAUCCGCAGUGCGAUACAUGCAUUCGCGUGGCGUAGUGCAUCGUGAUCUCAAGCCAGAGAAUAUCGUAUAUGUGCAUCAAGGCGAAGAUUCGCCUGUAAAGAUAGUUGACUUUGGAUUUGCUCGGAUGAAGAACAGCUGCGAGCCGUUACACACGCCCUGCUUCACGCUCCCGUACGCAGCCCCAGAGGUUGUGGCUAACCAAGAAUACGACGAGAGUUGCGACAUGUGGUCCCUGGGGACUAUUCUGUAUUUCAUGUUGUCCGACAAUCCACCUUUCCGUACAGAUACACCUAACGUGGCGAUGCGCAUCAAAGCCGGUGAGAUUAAUUUUGACAGCGAGGCUUGGAGUCAUGUGUCCCCGGGUGCGAAACAAGUGAUGAAAGGUUUAUUGAUGAUCGAUCCCAACAAUAGACUCACCGCAGCUUCUCUGGUGUACCAUUCGUGGUUGACAACGCAUGACGCAACGAUCCUCCCGGUAACACCAGCCACUGAUGCGGUUCACGCGGACAAUGCGGUAGCCGUCAGUUCAACGUCAACGCACGAGCGCGAGGGUUUCCGAUUGCGCGCGGUCGAUGCCGCCAAACUGGCUCAGCGUCGCAAGCACAAACGUUCCAAUUCCAGUUCCUCCACAUCGAGACCGUCUUCUUCUUCCUCGUCGAGUCCGUCGUCGGUUCACAUUCAGUCGCCGCCACCGAAUACAUCGACGCCGAUCGGCCGGCGACCCGGCAGCCCGCUUAGCCCAACCCGAUACUCCCGGCUGCAGGAGAAGCAGGAUCUACAGAAUCUCAACGAUCGUCUGGCAUGUUACAUCGAAAAGGUGCGUCAUUUGGAGACCGAGAACUCCCGGCUGACCCGGGAGAUGCAGACUACUCAGGAGACCGUCACCCGGGAGGUCUCCAGUAUCAAGGCCAUGUACGAACACGAGCUGUCCGACGCGCGAAAGCUGCUCGAUGAGACUGCCAGGGAACGCGCCAAGCUGGAGAUCGACACCAAACGUCUCUGGGACGAUAACGAGGAUCUCAAGAGCAAAUUGGAGAAGAAAACAAAAGAUCUACAUAUAGCAGAACGAAAUGUAAUGAUAUUUGAGACGCGCUGCAGUGACUUACAGUCGCAGUUCAAUCAGUCGCAGGCAGAGCGCAAGAAGUUAGCCGAGAAGGAUCGGGAUUCGGAAAAGGAAAUAGAUCGAUUGAAAACAUUGCUGGACGAUGCUCGUAAGCACCUGGAGGAAGAAACUCUUCAGCGAAUCGAUCUCGAAAACAAUAUUCAGAGUCUCAAAGAAGACAUCAGUUUCAAGGACCAAGUUUAUCAGCAAGAACUUACAGAGACUCGUACGAGACGACAAGUUGAAAUAUCGGAGAUUGACGGUCGUCUCGCGGAGCAAUAUGAAGCUAAACUGCAGCAAUCCUUGCAAGAAUUACGCGAACAGCAUGAGGCGCAAAUGCGUGUUAAUCGAGACGAGAUUGAGCUUUUAUAUGAAAAUAAAAUCAAGAAUUUGGCAUCUCAUGCUCAACGUAAUAGCGGAGUCGCUAACAUGGCAACCGAGGAAUUGAGACAGACUCGCUCUCGAAACGAAGGGCUUAAUUCAAGAAUCAGCGAACUCGAAGCAUCUAACAACGCCCUUAGUACACGCAUUAGGGACAUGGAGAAUGCAAGAGAAAACGAACGUUCUCGUUAUGCAGACAGUUUGGCUGCACUGGAAGCGGAAUUAUCACGUAUGCGAGAUGAAAUGGCUCAACAAUUACAAGAAUAUCAUGAUCUUAUGGAUAUUAAAGUAGCGCUUGAUUUGGAAAUUGCUGCGUAUCGCAAGCUGCUCGAAACUGAAGAGGCGAGAUUAAACAUUACACCUAUGCAGUCGACGAACACGUCUUUGUCUAGAACAACUCCGUCCAGACAUACUCCUCUCAGAGGUGGCAAACGAAAACGCACUUUGUUGGAAGAGAGCGAAGAACGCAGCAGUAGUGAAUAUAGUGUUACAGGUACUGCUAGAGGUGACAUAGAAAUUACUGAAGCGGAUCCCCAAGGACGAUUCGUAAAACUUACUAAUAAGGGCAAUAAGGAAAUAAGCGUAGGCGGAUGGCAAAUUAUUCGCAAAGCCGGUACUUUGGAAACCAAUUUCAAGUUUCAUCGUAGCGUAAAGCUCGAUGGAGGUGCUAACGUGAUGGUGUGGUCGGCUGAUAUUGGUGCAACGCACGAGCCACCUUCUAACAUCGUCAUGAAGGGUCAGAAGUGGUUUGUAGCAGAUAACAUGACUACUACAUUGACAAACAUUGAAGGAGAGGAAAUGGCAACUUCUGAGCGCAAGAGGCAGCAGUUGUCCACAGCUUUGUCUCGACACAGAGAAAGCUUAGGAUUCCGACCAUCAGAAGAGCUCCAUCACCAACAGAGCGAUCCCCAAGGUGAAGAACGUUGCCACAUUAUGUGAACAUAAAUUUAUCAUAAAUUUAAGAAUAUCAAAAGAUUUUAAAAGCUUGUAUGAUAAUGCGGCUUUAUUCCAUAAGCACCGUUUAGAAAUGGUGGAAAUAAAAAGAUUAUGCCAUUAACACAAAGAAAUUAAUUUAGAGUACAAUGUCAGAGAUAUAUGAGAUAUAAUACAAGAGAUCAUUUGUCUGAUAUUCACUUCUAAGAGAAGAAGA